UAAAAACAGCUUGAAUGCCAUGGCUGCCUUUCUGCACCACUGCCCCUUUCUGAAGUCUGCCCCGAAGCCAGCUUUGAGGAGGACGGGGGCCGCCUUGCUGUCACUGGCCGACCGAUGCCCCAUCAUCUCUCGCCAGAUCACUGUGAGCAGUGUACCUUCUCUGGAGACCAAGCAGAACGUCUUCCCACGUCAGUCACCCAGCCGGCUGCAUGCGGCCAUGGAACAAAACAGGAAGUUUGCUCAGCUGGCCACCCAGCUGGCUGUGUCCAAGUCGAAGGUCUGUCCCUUUGUCACCUCUGAGAUUGGGGUGGUCAGAGCCAGCCUCGAGGUCCAGCAGGACAUCCCGCCAGAGCCCAACAACACAGGGGUUAUCAGUCCUCUUCUCAAGGCUCCUAAGCGAACCAUCUUCCCAUCAGCUCUUACUGAAACCAGCCCUGUGUCCCACCUCCUCAGAGACAACCUGAGUGACUCCGACUAUGACUACGACACCUUCUUCCAGGAGAAGAUAUCUGAGAAGAAGACGGACCACACAUACCGCGUCUUCAAGGUGGUAAACAGGAGCGCCGAGAGCUUCCCGUUGGCUGAGGACUACUCCAUAUCUGGCAGGGAGGGAUCCCAGGUGUCGGUCUGGUGCAGCAAUGACUAUCUGGGGAUGAGUCGGCACCAUCGGGUCCUAAAGGGGAUCAGAGAUGCCCUGGACCAGCAUGGAGCGGGAGCCGGGGGAACCAGGAACAUCUCAGGCACCAGCAGCUACCAUGUGGCGCUGGAGCAGGAACUGGCUCAGCUCCACCGGAAAGACGCGGCCCUGGUCUUCUCUUCCUGCUUCGUGGCCAAUGACUCCACUCUCUUCACCUUGGCCAAGAUGCUGCCGGGCUGUGAGAUCUAUUCUGACGCGGGGAACCACGCUUCGAUGAUUCAGGGCAUUAGGAACAGCGGAGCCAAGCGCUUCAUCUUCCGUCACAAUGACAGCAGACACCUGGAGGAACUGCUGCGCCACUCUGACCCCAAGACACCCAAGAUUGUGGCGUUUGAGACUGUGCACUCCAUGGACGGCGCCAUAUGUCCUCUGGAGGAGCUGUGUGAUGUAGCUCACAGAUACGGAGCCCUGACCUUUGUGGAUGAAGUGCAUGCUGUGGGUCUGUACGGGGCCCAUGGAGCCGGAGUGGGUGAGAGGGACAACAUCAUGCACAAGAUAGACAUCGUUUCUGGGACCUUGGGCAAGGCCUUUGGCUGUGUGGGAGGCUAUAUCGCCAGUACUGCUGCCCUAGUGGAUGCAGUGCGCUCCUUCGCAGCCGGCUUCAUCUUCACCACCUCUCUGCCCCCUAUGGUUCUGGCUGGAGCCCUGGAGUCUGUGAGAGUCCUGAGGAGCCCUGAGGGCCAGCAGCUGCGUAGGGCCCACCAGAGAAACGUCAAGCACAUGAGGCAGCUACUCAUGGACAAAGGGCUGCCUGUUAUCAACUGCCCCAGCCACAUCAUCCCUAUACGGGUGGGCAAUGCUGAGCUCAAUUCCAAAGUGUGCGACAUCCUGCUGCAGAGACACAACAUUUAUGUCCAGGCCAUCAACUACCCCACGGUGCCCCGCGGUGAGGAGCUGCUCCGCCUGGCUCCCUCUCCUCAUCACAAACCAGCAAUGAUGGAGUACUUUGUGGACAAACUGGUGGAGGUGUGGCAGGAGGCAGGGCUCUUGCUAAACAGCCCGGCCACAUUUUCCUGUACCUUCUGUGAGCGCCCACUGUACUUUGACCUCAUGAGUGAGUGGGAGAAAUCUUACUUUGGCAACAUGGAGCCGCAAUACAUUACCGCCAUAUCUGCAUAACCUCAAAGUAUGAGAGGAUUCUCAAAACCAAAAUAAAGUAAUUAAAUCUCAAAUCCAAUUACAACUGAUAAAAUUAUACCUCGGGUACAUUCAUGGGAACAAAUGUACAAUAGAAUAUUUAUGUUCUUAACACCUUCCUUAUCAUUUCUGUGAUCCAGACUUCGUACAGCUCCAUUGAUUCAAGUAUUUAUUGUUUUCUCCAAUAUCUGAGUGACCUAAGUGAUGUGUGUUUACCAUAAUAGAUAUGACAAGACAGCUGUCCUAAGAAAAUAGCGUGCCUCCCUUCCAUUUGAUGGUAUAGAAACCUGCACAUGGACACUUUCAAAAAUGUUUAAUAUAAGAGUGAAAGUUUGGAUUGUAAUAAAUUAUGCUAUUUGUUUUCAUGUGGUAUGAUUGGUCCUUUUAGUCAACAAACACAAACAUCAAGAUCUGUCUCAUUUUCAUAAUAUUAAGGAUGUAUCAUGCUGAUAAAUAUGAAGUUGAUAAAACAUCCACUGGCUAACUGGAAUAUCAGCAUGCAUAGGAAGUUAUUGGAGUAGAAGUGAUUUACAUAAUAAUAAACAAAGAUUAAAUAAAAUUCAAUUUAUUGGAAA